UUUUAUACGAAUUUUCAGUUUCAAAAUCCCAUUUACGCUAAUGGUAAAAAAAAUUCCUUAGUUACAACAUGUUUUUUUUUUUUUUUUUGAGAAUUUACUUAAAAAAAUAGCAAUUCUUAAAGAGUAAUUGUGAGUUUGCAACGAGUCUAUUGAGCUAAUUCCCUGUGGUUGCACUAAUCUGUAUUUGUUGUUAGUUCAAAGUGAUGGGAUUUUAGUUUUUCACUGACCAAAACCAAGUGGGGGCUCAUUGUAUUUUGCUCGUUUCAUCACAAAAAUCCAAACAUUCUCCCUUCCAAGUCCCCAAACUCGCCUUUUGAUGUGACUGCGAUGUGUUUUCUUGCCUUUGUUCUACAAUCUGUGUUGUUUCAGCUGUCUCAGGCCGCUUUCCUGGGCAGCAGCGACCUCAGUAAUAUUCCCAUCCUUUCAUAGAAUUCAGGGAACGGCAAAAAACAACAACACUCAUGCUUGAAAACAGAGACACUUGGCUGUAAAGACUUUAACAACUUAUGCUGCAAACAUGGAGGGGUCCAGCGACAGGCUCUUCUGCUGCAGAUGGGUGCGCCGCAGCGUUCCCGAGGCUCACCGGGAAGAGCUGUACCACAUCCUGAGGAUGACGGGGCCUCUGCUGCUUUCUCGGAUCCUCAAUUACCUGCUUCCGUUUGUGGUGACAAUGUUCUGUGGUCGUCUGGGAAAUGAAGUGAUGGCCGGAUAUGGCUUAGCUUCUGCAACCAUUAAUGUCACCACUGCAGCGACAGGAUACGGGCUGGGACUGGCAUGUGAUACUCUGGUCUCUCAGACAUUCGGAGGAAAGAACCUGUUGCAAGUGGGAGUGAUCCUUCAGAGGAGCGUCAUCAUCCUGCUGCUGUUCUGUCUGCCCUGUUGGGGGCUGCUCAUUAAUGCUCAGGCCAUCCUGUUAUGUUUAGGCCAGGACCCCGACGUGGCCAGAAUUGCCCAGUUUUACAUCACUGCCUUCCUUCCUGCAGUCCCAGCGAUGUUUCUGCAUAAUCUUCAAGUGUCGUACCUCCAAAAUCAGGGAAUCAUUCUGCCACAAAUGUACACCGCCGCUUUGGGAAACGUAGCAAACAUCAUCACAAACUACAUCCUCAUAUACUGGCUGGAUCUUGGUGUGGGUGGAUCUGCUGCAGCAAACACACUGUCCCAGAUUUACAUCUGUGCGUUUCUCUUCCUUUACAUUUGGUGGAGGAAGAUCCACGUGAAAACAUGGGGAGGCUGGUCUGUGGAAUCGCUGCAGGAAUGGGGCUCCUACAUGAAGCUGGCUGUUCCCAGCACAUUAAUGAAAUGCUUCGAGUGGUGGGUUUAUGAGUUUGGAGGGUUCUUUGCAGGAAUGAUGAGUGAAGAUGAGCUGGCUGCCCAACAUGCUGUUAUUAUGGUGUCUUUCAUAACCUACAUGUUCCCGCUUGGUAUUCAAGCGGCGGCGUGCGCUCGGGUGGGGAAUGCUCUCGGGGCAGGAGACAACACAGGGGCCCUUCUAACCAGCAGGGUGGCUCUCUCUCUUGCAGGCAGCAUUGCGGUCGUUGAAGGCCUGGUGCUCGGCUCCACCAAGACAGUGAUUGGUUUUAUUUUCACUGCAGAUGAGAGGAUCAUACACCUGGUGUCUCAGUUGAUGACUGCGUACUGCUUCCUACAGUUCUUUGACGGUCUUGUGUGUGUGUGCACCGGCAUCUUCCUGGGAGCAGGCAAACAGAAGAUACCAGCUGUGGCUAAUUUCAUCGGAUACUACUGCCUGGGGCUUUCUCUGAGCAUUACUUUGAUGUUUGCUGCAAAACUCAGAAUUUUAGGAUUCUGGGUGGGACUGCUGGUUUGUGUCAUUUUUCAAUCCACUUUCUACAUUGUCGUCAUCUUCAGGUUGAAUUGGGAGAAAAUUGCAGUCGAGGCAGUGAAAAGAGCGCAGAAAACGACUUUAAGCGCGGCUGAUAUGUCCGACACGGAGGGCAUUGCAGUUUACAACAGGAGAUCGAUGGACGUCUACAUGCCUGUUAAUACAGACUAUCGUGAUGGGAGUGCAGAGACUGAUGGGGAACACGAGGUCCAGCAGCAGAAAGGCAAUCGUCUCUCCACCUCCCAGCUGAUCCUCAGGCGAGGCCUCACUGCUUUAGCAGCUCUGGCUCUUCUCGCUGUGGGACUCAGCGUCCAUUUCCUCGUGGCUUUGCCAAAAGACAUUUCUUCUAAGAGAAACCGCACUAUGGACUGGCUCAAUACAACUUACACAGAUCAAAUUUUCCCCACAGCUACGGAUCACAACAAAGGACCAAAGUGAGUCACAGACGGCAAGAACGUUUGAUUUUAUUGUUUCAAGUACACCCUGGCUGUCGAACACUCUUUAGCUCGACUCACCUCUCUUUGUGGCUGUGAUACAAACAUGAGCACAGCCACAGGACAAUGUGCUUUCAGAGAAACAUCUCAAUAGUUGAUCUUUCGGCGUGCUCCGCCUCCAGCUCGUAUGCGCCUCCUGCCCUGCUUUAGUGCUGCAGUGCAAACCUUCACCUCGUGUUGAGCACUAAGAAGUCGCUACACGGAGUACGAAAGCCUCAAAGUCAUGUGACUAAAUUAGUGAUAAGCAGAUUUAAAAUGAUUCCAACAGCCAGGAUGAAUAACAUGACAGCCAAAGCUAAGCCUCUGCGCAGAACCAGAUUCCUGAAGUCGAGUUGAUCCUUUACAACAACCGGAAGAGUGUCUGUGUCUUCCAGCUGGGUGGUGUCAGGGGGGCAGCUGUAGAUCUCUGCAUCCUCUGGUUCAGGACCUGGACAUGAAUAAAUAAACAUAAGAGAGGAUACUAACAGAAAACAAAAUAUUUAUUUCACCAAGACUGCAUUGAAAUCUAAAAAAAUAUAUAUACAUAUUUUUAACAUAUUUGUCAAAAUGACCCAUUUAAGUGUGGAAAAUGGGUCAGUUUAGACCCGAACACAAUACGAGGGUUAAGUAACAGCAUCACGACAACAUUUCUUCUUGAACUGCCAGUUUUAACUUCUCCUGAAGAACUUUGUUUGAUACUUAAAUGGUUUGUUAAAUGUGGUAUUAUUUAAUAAAACAGAAAUAAAUACUGUUAAUCCUGAUCCUUUCUGCUCAAGAGUUCAACUAAAAGUCCAGUUCUAGUUGUAAAGCAAAAAUAUAUACAGUAUAAAAAGAAACAAAACAGCUUUUUUUUUAAGAAAAUCUGCCUCUGAAAUGUUAUGUCAAUAUAAUUUCUGUCUUUUUAGAACUAAAAGGCAACUCUAUUGGGUUACAGGUUUAAAAUAAUAACAGUUUCUGUUAAGAAGGGAGCUUUUACUCAUUUUUUUUCAGCAUUUAGCCAAAACAAUCAUCUUCAGAUUUAUGCAUAAAGAGGGAGAAAACCCAGACUUAAAUAAGACUGAAGCCAUAACAGCAAAUAUUUAACUGUGUGAGACACAGCAAUUUAGGUUUCCCUUUGCUUGUUUUUUUAUUUUUUAUUUUAUUUUAUUUUUUUAUUUAUUUAUUUUUUUUUGCAAAUAGAAUAAACGAGCAAUGGAUAACAAAACAAGUAUGUAGAACUUUUGAUUGCAGAAGAGCAUUCCUUGUGUAUUUCAACGGCAAAAGUUGUUUCAAUUUUGUUGAAUUGCAGAAAAUCUUAAGUUGCAGAAAACAACAACAAUUAGCAGAGCAAAAGAUUUGACAAAAAGUGCAUUAAUGAAUAGAAAGAAACAAAUUAAUAAAAAAAAUAAUGAAAAUAAAUUGCUAUGUUAAAUGCUAACUAAUAAGCAUUCUCUUACUUGUUUCAGUGUCGCUCUCACACACUCCUGCUCUGACCUGAGCCUGCAUGUGAGAAGGGAAAAAAAACGUUUCAAAUAUUAAUUUUUAAAGAACCAACUAAAGAUGAUAUAAACAUUUUAACAUUUGAAGACCGACCUCCACUGUGACAUCCUUCCAAUCCACUCGUAUCAUAUAGAAAAUCAAGAAAGUGCAUUGCACUGACAUACAGGUACAGAGGCCUGUCCACAGCCCUGAGGUGAUACAGAGUUUCACAGUUUGAUUAAAACAAUUUUAAGUGUAACUUUAAUUAUUAGACUAUUCAAAAUAACCUUACCCUUAAUUCCUAAUUUGGUGGCAAACAUGAGUGGGAUUCCAACAGGAAACCCAAUUCCAUAAUAUCCCACAAUGUUGCAUAUGGCGCCUACUUUCUGCUUACCAGCUCCUCUUAUGAUGCCACCACAAGCAACCUAAUCAUGUGGAAGAAAAAAAAAAAACUUUUUAAAAAGGUAACUCAAGAAGCUAUGAAAUAUUUUUUUUUGUUUUCUUAAAAGAAAAAACGUACAGAUGUUGCAUCUAAGAGCAAGAACGGAACAUAGAAAGGGAUGACGUCUGAGACUCUUUCUCGGAUUUUCCUGAAAAAACAGAUUUAUAUUGUUCACAUUAGAGUAUAAGGGUCAACAUAACAUCCUAUAGUGCCACUGAUAUAAUCCUGGUUAAUAUGUAAAAGAACAGGUAAGCAAAGUUCAUCAAGUUAAAGGUCGGGAAGGUUGUUUAUUAUAUCAUUAAGUCAAACGCCAACGUUGUAUGAGUGACUGUCACUCUGGGAAGACAAACAUCAGAAAGUGUGAUUAAUAGAAGAAAUGAACUCACUCGUCGUUUGUGAAGACAUAAGAGAUGUGGUCCUUCAGGCCUCCGAUGAGUGAAGCCAUGCCCACAGACACCAACACUGGAGUAAAAAAA